UUCUUCCUCAGAAUUUGUUCUCCUGAAGAGAGAAGGAGAGAAAGGAGGGAAAACCCAUGAGUUCAAAGAGAUUCAUGCAGUAAAAAAAACCCUAAGAACAUCUCCGUCUGUUUGGUCAUGUACGGACAAUCUCCGAGAAAAUCCUUUUCAUCUUCUUCUUCUCCUUCCCACUCUGGUUUCAAGCUCUUUCCUGUCUGUUUUAGUUUCUUACGUCGUUUCAAUCUUCCUCCGCCGAUGAUUAAUGGGUCAAUAUCAGUAUACACACUGAACUGUAUAUUCAUCAAGCAACGAAGCAGCUUCAACAACAUAUUUGGGUGUGGAGUGAAGAGUUUCAGUGUCGGGGCUGUGAAGAACUGCAAAAAGGAGGGGUUUCUCAUCGACGAAAAGGGGAAAUUGAGAAGGUUUGAUCGGAAAAAGCUCUCGAGGAAACGAUGUGGAUCUUUAAGGGGAAGAGGAUGGAAAUAUGGAUCUGGGUUUGUUGAUGGGAUCUUCCCUGUUCUAAGCCCCAUUGCUCAGAAGAUUCUGAGUUUCAUCCAGAAAGAGACAGAUCCUGAGAGAGUUUCAGACAUUCUAGGCACACUCCCUUCAACACAUACAUCAUGGGAUGAUCUAAUCAACGUCUCUGUUCAACUCCGACUUAACAAGAAAUGGGAACCAGUCAUUCUGCUUUGUGAAUGGAUUUUAAGGAGGAGCUCUUUCCAACCAGAUGUGAUCAUCUUUAAUCUGCUUAUAGAUGCUUAUGGGCAGAGGCGUGAACACAAAAAGGCGGAGUCUUUGUACGUAGAGCUUAUCGAAUCUCGAUGUGUGCCCACUGAAGAUACGUAUGCUCUUCUCGUAAAGGCUUACUGCACGGUCGGGAUGCUAGAGAAAGCCGAGGUUGUCUUCACAGAGAUGCAGAACCAUCACGUCUCUCCAAGUGCUAUUGUAUACAAUGCGUAUAUCGACGGGCUGACGAAGGGAAGGGGGAACACAGAGAAAGCAAUGGAUGUAUUCCAGAGGAUGAAGAAAGAACGCUGCCAACUAAAUACCGAAACCUACAACCUGAUGAUAAAUUUAUACGGAAAGGCAAGCAAAUCUUACAUGUCGUGGAAGAUGUUCAUAGAGAUGACGAGCAAGAGAGGAUGUAAGCCGAACAUAUGCACUUACACUGCGCUCGUGAAUGCAUUUGCGAGGGAAGGUCUUUGCGAGAAGGCGGAAGAAAUGUUCGAGCAGCUCCAGGAAGCUGGCCUUGAACCCGACGCAUAUGCCUAUAAUGCCCUCAUGGAAGCAUACAGCCGUGCUGGUUAUCCUCACGGUGCUGCGGAAAUAUUUUCGCUCAUGCAGCAUAUGGGAUGUGAACCAGACAGAGCUUCGUACAAUAUCAUGGUGGAUGCAUAUGGCAGAGGAGGGCUUUACGCAGAAGCGGAAUCAGUGUUUGAAGAGAUGAAGCGGUUGGGCAUAAACCCGACGAUGAAAUCUCACAUGCUGAUCCUGUCAGCUUAUUCGAGAGCAGGGAACGUCCCCAAAUGCGAGGAGAUCGUGAGCCGGAUGACGGAAGCCGGGCUAGAACCCGACACGUUCGUACUGAACAGCAUGAUCAAUUUGUACGGACGGCAGGGGCAGUUCGACAAGAUGGAAGAGGUUCUGGCCACAAUGGAGGAGGAGGAUGGCCCGUGUGCGGCAGAUAUAAGCACGUACAACGUACUGAUCAACGUAUACGGAAAAGCCGGGUUCUUGGACAGGAUGGAAGGGCUGUUUCGUGAGGUUAAGGGGAAGACGAACAUGGAACCGGACGUCGUGACGUGGACGUCGAGGAUCGGAGCUUAUUCGAGGAAGAGACUUUACGCGAAAUGUCUCGAGAUAUUCGAAGAGAUGAUCGAUUCCGGGUGCGUGCCGGACGAAGGAACUGCAAAGGUUCUUCUCUCCGCCUGUUCGAACGAAGAGCAAGUUGAACAAGUUACUUCGCUCAUCAGAUCAAUGCACAGGGAAGUGAGUGUCAAAUGAAUGAAUGUAUUUUGGAAUAUUACACUUAAAGUUUGGAUUUUUAUGAUUUGGUCCA